AUGCGUCUCUCCAAAGCCCUGAUAGACAUGGAGAUGGCAGAUUAUAGCGCAGCUUUGGACCCAGCUUACACCACUCUGGAGUUUGAGAACAUGCAGGUGCUGGCCAUGGGCAACGACACGUCUCCAUCAGACGCAACAAACCUCAACGCCUCCAAUAGCAUUGGGAUGAGCGCAUUGUGCGCCAUCUGCGGGGACCGUGCCACGGGGAAGCACUAUGGGGCCUCCAGCUGUGAUGGCUGCAAAGGCUUCUUCAGGAGGAGCGUCAGGAAGAACCACAUGUACUCCUGCAGGUUUAACAGGCAGUGUGUUGUAGAUAAGGACAAAAGAAACCAGUGUCGAUACUGCAGGCUAAAGAAGUGCUUUCGAGCAGGGAUGAAGAAAGAAGCUGUACAAAACGAACGUGAUCGAAUCAGCACCCGGCGAUCCAGUUAUGAAGACAGCAGCUUGCCUUCCAUCAACGUCUUACUGCAGGCAGAAGUCCUUGCGCAACAGAUAUCAUCGCCAAUUUCUGUGAUCAACGGAGACAUCCGAGGGAAGAAGAUUGCGAACAUAACAGACGUGUGUGAAUCCAUGAAGCAGCAGUUGCUGGUGCUGGUGGAGUGGGCCAAGUACAUCCCGGCCUUCUGUGAGCUUCCCUUAGAUGAUCAGGUGGCAUUGCUGAGGGCACACGCAGGAGAACACUUGCUCCUGGGAGCUGCCAAGAGGUCCAUGGUGUUCAAAGACAUCUUGCUAUUAGGAAAUGACCACAUAAUCCCACGGAACUGCCCUGAGCUGGUGGAGGUGAUUCGUGUGGCCAUCCGAAUCCUCGAUGAGCUGGUCCUGCCAUUCCAGGAGCUGCAGAUUGAUGACAAUGAAUAUGCCUGCUUGAAAGCCAUCAUCUUUUUUGACCCAGAUGCCAAAGGGCUGAGCGACCCCACCAAGAUCAAGCGGAUGCGGUACCAGGUGCAGGUCAGCCUGGAGGAUUACAUCAACGACCGGCAAUAUGACUCGCGGGGCCGCUUUGGCGAGCUGCUGCUCCUGCUGCCAACCCUGCAGAGCAUCACCUGGCAGAUGAUUGAGCAGAUCCAGUUUGUCAAACUCUUUGGCAUGGCCAAGAUUGACAACCUGUUGCAGGAGAUGCUGCUAGGGGGCUCGUCAAGUGAAACACCUCAUGCUCACCACCCUCUGCACCCGCAUCUGAUCCAGGAGAAUCUGGGGACGAACGUCAUAGUAGCGAACACGAUGCCUGCGCAGAUGCACAAUGGGCAGAUGUGUAAGUGGCUCCGGGCUAAGCCUCGGGCAGGGGCCACUCCGGAAACUCCACAGCCUUCCCCCCCUGCAGGCUCAGGAUCUGAGCAAUACAAGCUACUCCCUGGGGCCAUCGCUACUGUAGCAAAACAGCCAGCCUCAAUCCCACAACCCACCAUCACAAAACAAGAAGUCAUCUAG